AUGAAAGGGAUCGAAGCGAAAAUUGUCGUACUCGGGUCGCAAGGUGUUGGAAAAACGAGUCUGGUCGUGCGGUAUGUUUCGAACGUGUACACCAAGGAAGUAUCGCCGACGAUCGGUGCAUCAUUCUUCACCUGCAAGGUUAACCUGGAAGACAACAAAGUAAAGAUGCAGGUUUGGGAUACGGCGGGACAGGAACGGUUUAAAGCCAUGGCACCGCUGUACUAUCGCAACGCAAAUGCCGCCUUGCUGGUGUUCGAUCUGACGCAGUACAAUUCCUUCAACGAAAUCAAGGGCUGGGUACAGGAGCUGCAGCGCAAUGUGCAGGAACCGAUGGUACUGUCCCUCGUAGGCAACAAGCUCGACCUGGAAGCGAAACGUGCCGUCUCCCGGGAAGAAGCUAUGCUGUACGCGAACUCGAUCGGUGGCAACUAUUUUGAAACAUCCGCCUUACACGAUCAGGGUAUCGAGCAAGUGUUCAUAUCGAUAGCAGUAGGAUUAAUUAAGCUCUCCGGCAAAGACGUAUGCUCAUCUCUUAAGCGAUACGAAUCGAACGAUUCUCUCGUGUUGUCCGGCUAUUCGACGCGUGUAAAUGGUGUCGUACAGAUGGGUAUUCCGGUGGAAAAUGACAGUAUAUUAAGUGACGGUAUGGGCAGACUGGAGACACCAUCCUGGAGCCGGGACCAUAUAGCGCACGGUGACGAGCAGCGUGUUGGUUGGUGUUGCUAUUAG